AUGACUGGGCAUGAGGUUUUUCCCGAGCUUGAUAGCUUAGGUGAUGAUGAUGAGAUUCUGGCACGCUUUGAAAAGGGUCUCUUUCCAAAGGAUGAUUAUGAUUGCUCUCAGAUUGUGGAAAAAUGUUGGAAGCAGCAAUAUCAACUAGCUGAUGAUGUCUUUUCAGAUCUAUGUCUUGUUCAGGCUACCUAG